GGUUCGAGGACCACUUCAGGAUUUAACCAGCCUUAGCUGAGGAGGCUCUGAUGACUCAGGAGGAGGUGGAGCAGUAUGCGCGCGGCUUCCUUAUGGUCUUACUGGGGACGACCAUCUUCGUCGACCGGGCAAACACUGUGCCCCUCUGUUUGUUGAGCGCUCUGGUGGACGUGACCAGGAUCCUGCGCUAUGACUGGAGUAGGGCAGCCUUGGCCACACUCUAUGGGUACAUGAGCUCAUCCUCUCGAUGCAGCGGGCAGUUGCUCGGAGGCUACUGGCGAGCUUGGGAGUUGUGGGUCUACGUCUACUUCCCAGGCUUGAGCCAGUGCUUGACGUGGAGACUCCUCUUGGCGUUCCAUUCUCCCGACGCUUCGACGUGAGGUGUGUGCGGAGACCCUGGGAGACGUUCAUAUUCUUCCGCCGCUACUUCGACACCAUCACCCCCGCAGAGAUCACUUGGCAGCCUUGGGCUCCAUUGUCAGUCGGGAUUCGGGAGUGAUUUUCCAAUACGGAGGAGAUUGCCCUCUUCAGGCUUCUAUUGGAGGGCCCUGUCUGUCGGGCCUGGUACCUGGGUGAGCGCUUCUUGCACCAGACCCUAGGUUUGUCAGAGCAGAUAGUCUCGGUUCACCCUCCUGACCAUAUGAGGGACACCGAGAGGUUCGCUCCCGAGUAGAUGGCCGAUUACACGAUCGGCUGGGACUCGAUACGCUUCAGAGGCAUAGGCGACUACACGGAGUACGUCCGGACCUACAUCAUGCGGCCUUUGAGCAGUGGCCGUCGAGCUUAGAGAGAGAGGCCUGCGGCGCCGGUAGCUAGAGCAGGAGCGGGAGCACCGAGAGUGGCUUGGGUCCGUGGCAGGAGUGGAGCUCGGAGAGGAUGGAGGGCUAGUUGGCCAGCACUGCCCACGAUGAUGACAUGCCGAGGGCAGGGUGGGGAGACCUAUCAGAUCCCCUUCGCUCCCCCUCUGGCUCAUCACGAGUUACUCGGGUUCUACGACUUGCCCCCGGCUUCUUUCGAGUACACUCGUCAGUCCCUGGAGUUGAAUGCCUCUAUGAUGGGGAUGUUACAGCGGAGCUUCAACCUGCUGGCCAUCUACAGUAUUCCGCCUCCAUUCCAGAUGUCGGCCGCAGGAUGUGCUCCAGCUGGGCCUUCUGUUCCCACUCGAGGAGGAGGGCGAGGUGGCACAGUAUUCCCCCGCACCAAAGUAGGACGCACUCAUGUCGGGAGUAGCUCUUGGGCACCAGUUCCUGAUGAUGACGAGUCCGAGGCGGAGACGGAGACGGAGACGGAGGCAGAGGCGGAGGCGGAGGCGGAGUCGUCUGAGGAGGAGACUAGAGAUGGCUCGGACUCAGAUGACGGUGUUGAUGACGAUGCUCCUGGACCUUCGUCCAGGAAGAGGACGAGGCAGACCCGUAGGCUUGAGACCACUGAUGCUGAUCUAGAUUUCUGCUGCUUUUCUUCUUUUUGUUUUGCUUGUCCUUUUGUUGGUAGCUUGAGUACCUUGUACCGCCGCAGGCAGGUUUUUGUUUUCUCCAAAACUUUGUACUUGAAAAGAUGA